AUGGCCAUCGAGGGUGCCCAGGGUCCGCUGUUGGGCGGAAAGUAUGGCAACCUGGACAUGUCUGCUCGCGACAUUGCGAAAGAUCUUCGUGCCAGUCCGGAUCGCUUUGAUUCCGAGAGCUUGGUCUCGUACGAGUUGGCCAGAUGCAGCAGCACCGGCUGCGGGGACGACCUCCUUCUGGCGUCCACCGCCAAGCAAUGUGCCGAGACAAGCUGA